CUCUCCGGCUCCGGUCUCAAAACACGCAUUCAAGGUUAGAAGUGUUUGCUGCCGGCUAGUCAGUGUUAGCUAGCUCACUACUAGCGGACUGAACUCACUCAUGGUGAAGGAAGUUUCCGAUGACUCCAACGGAGUGGCGCAGAGACCAGGCAGCAGGCUUUGUGGAAUGUUCUGACUACAUGAUUCGCCCAAGAUGCUGAUGCCCAAGAAGAAUCGUAUAGCCAUCUACGAGCUCCUCUUCAAGGAGGGAGUGAUGGUGGCAAAAAAGGAUGUGCAUCUGGCUAAGCACCCAGAGCCAUGCAGUCUUUGAAGUCAACUGGGUAUGUGAAGGAGCAGUUUGCCUGGCGCCACUUCUACUGGUACCUGACCAAUGAGGGCAUCCAGUACCUGAGGGACUUCCUGCAUCUGCCCCCAGAGAUUGUUCCUGCCACUCUGCGUCGCCAGAUGCGCCCUGAGACCGCUCGGCCCAGGCCUAAAGGGAUGGAGGGUGAGAGAGCUGAGCGGCCAGCCAGGUUUAACCGUAAAGGAGGAGACCGAGACAACUACAGACGUUCUGUUGCACCACCUGGUGCAGACAAGAAGGCUGAAGCAGGUGCUGGUGCAGCUACUGGGUUCCAAUUCAGGCGGUUUUGGACGUGGCAGAGGACAGCAACCACCACAGGAGUAAAGCAGACUGUUCUUGUACAGUAUAAUAAAAGGUGA